AUGGCUUCUUUGGAUCCUCGCCUCCAAUUCCACAUCUUGACCUUCAUUCCUUCCUUUAGCAACAUUUGCAAGAAGGUCAAGCAGUGCUCCCAUGUGCAGAAGGGUUGCCUCAACCACCUCAUGGUGGUUGAGAUAUUGAGGACAGGUCUGGGGACCCUGUGGAGCCAUUGCCUGACCACUGUCAAAUCCUGCUGUACCUUGCCCAGCAAGUUGCAGCCGAAAGACCAUGACAUUGCUGUGGCGCACCCAUACAUCAACUGCUGGAGGAUGGCCCAAACCAGCUCAUUUUUGUUGGCAGCAUUGAGGUGUGGCACAAGAGCCCCAAAUUUCCAGAGUGCCUUCGAGAUGGAUGAGAUAGCAGUAGUGGAGGUAUUCUUUUAUUACCAGGUUGUUUGGCUCAAAGUAACUGGGCAGGAUCACAUUGCGCACAUCAAGCUGCCCCUCAUGUGCCAUGUACAUGGGGACUCAGAGAUAGAGCUGCCGUUCUGCCAGCUGGUCGUGGAGGAGGUCAUUCCAUGCCUCAAUCGCUGGAAGAGGGAUCCUAAGGAGUACCCCACACACUUCAACAUCUACAAUGUCCAGCAAGCUGAGUUUGUUCCCAUCGGGUCCAUUGACGAACCCAUUUGCAUCCCCCUACCCCUUUGGCAUGUCAUCCUCGUUAAAUACAAGUGUAUCUAUGGCACCAUGUGGCCCCUCUACUGGGCUAAAGGGAUCCAUCCUUCAGGUGCUCUGGGUGGAAUCCUUGCUGACAUGUACCCCCACCCGUCCAUCUGGCCUGUGGCCUUUGAUUUCCCUAGGACCCACAUCAACACAUUGUCCGUGGUCCGGGUUGAAGGCAACCACUGGCCACACAUCUUCACGCCCCUGGAUGGCCAUCUGGACUGUACUGUGGAGAGGAUGAAUGUUCAAGAAGAUGAGGUUUCAGAUGUGGACUCAGAUGCGGACUGGGAUGUGGAGGACUGGGAUGGUGAGACAGUGACAGAGGAAAUCUAG